CAGUUGCCUGCAUGAUGAAUGACUCGUACUCCUAAUUGAGACCGAUCCCCCUUUCCCUUUCUCUCGUCCUCACCCACUCCUACCCAACCUCUCAACUCGACCCCCUCUCUCAAACCCUACCGCCGCCUCCGGGCAUUACACCGCCGCUGCUUAUCUCAGAGCCGUCGCCUCCUCCAUCCGGCCCGAUUCAAUCUCUCCCCUUCACUCCGGGUGCUCGCCGUCAUGGCGCCGCACGGCGAUAGGAAGAAGCGGAAGGCCCCGGACCGCCCAGGCAAGCCGGACCUGCGUCCUAAUCGCAAGGAAUUCAAAACACACUGCACGGAGGAGGUGGAGAAGGGGGGUGGCAUAGAGCAACAGGAGCAGCGGCCGGCGCCGCAUGCUGCAGCUCUCGACGCCGACGACGGUGAUUUCCCGAGAGGAGGACACACUCUCGUCAGCAGGGAUGAGAGGGAGGAGCCGCGCACAGGGGCAGAGGCAGGGUUGGAGAAGGAGGAGAGGAGGGGAAAGAAGAAGACGAACACAAGCGUUCCGGUGGGUACUAUUGUCUCUGGUGUUGUAGAGCGAGUUACUCCAGAAGCUGUUGUUGUCAGUGUCAAUGGCUUCUCCAAAGGAUCUAUACUUAAUGAACAUUUGGCAGAUUAUCAUGGCCAAACUGUUCGGUUGAAGAAUUUGUUGAAGCCUGGCCACGAGUUCAACCAACUUUUAGUUCUCGAUGCCAAAGGCCAAAAUUUAAUUCUUUCUGCUAAGCACUCACUUAUCAACACUCGUAAUGACAUUCCAUCAGAGCUAUCGCAGAUACAAGCGGGAGUUAUAGUUCAUGGUUAUAUUUGUAACAUCAUAGACGGUGGUUGUUUUGUUCGAUUUCUUGGACAUCUAACUGGUUUCUCUCCCAAGGAUAAAGCAGUUGAUAGGCCGAUAGAAAAGCUCUCUGAUGCGUUCUUUGUUGGCCAAUCAGUUCGGAGUCAUGUACUCAACGUAAAUGAAGAAUCUUCUCGAGUGAAGCUUUCACUCCAACAUUCCAAGUGCUCUUCAGCCGAUUGUUCAUUUAUUCAAGGAUAUUUCCUUCUGGACCAGAAGAUUGCGGCAUUGAAGUACUCUCAUGAUUGUGCGAAAUCUUUUGGCGUUGGUAGCUUGGUUAAGGGGGAGGCGGGAGGUGUAGAAGAAUAUGGUUUUAUCCUUAACUUCAAAGACUAUCCGGAUGUUAUUGGUCUGCUGGAACAUCAUCAAUUAGGUGGCACUAUUGUAAAAGUGGGUUCUUCUGUGAUGGGUAUUGUUGUGGAUUUUUCUGAUGGAGUUGUAAAUUUAUCCCUUAAACCAGAACUAGUUGACAGUGUCACCAAGGAUGGAAAAAGGAAGAAACGUCACAGAGAUGCCGUUUUGGACUUGGAACUUGAUGAAGUUGUGAAUGCAGUUGUGGAGAUAGUCAAAGAAAAUCAUAUGGUGUGCAACUUACUCUGUUCAUCUGACCAAUUUAUUCUUAUACUAUUACUUUUGGCGAGAAGGGGAGAGAUGGAGAGGAAAGGGGAGGCGGAGAAGGAGUGGGGACACGGCUCCGGGGGUGUGUCGACGAUCAUGGGGAGGGGACCUCCUGCUCUGGUUCCUUCGCCUGAGGGCGAGGGGAAGACGGUAUCAAGGCGGCCCCGUGGGGGAUGGUUCCCCGUUGAUCAUCGACAUGUAGGCUGCACGGAGGGUUGUAAGUGGUUUCCUGGUGGUAUGUCGAUUCAUAUCGCCCUUCCAAGUAAAUCCAUUGAUCUCCGUCGAUGAUCUUCGUGCAACGUUGGCUUGGAGGUUGCAAGGCGAGGUCGCCAUUUAGGAGGUGGCUAGCGACGACGGGUGGUUCGUCCUCAACUUCACCGCCGACAUGGACAAAUGCUUUUGUUUUGAAGGCCCAACAGUGCCACCAUAAGCGCGACGAAAGCAUCUUCACUGAGUUUGACGACAAGGGUAAACCGGGAGGGGGGCAAGGGUGGGGGUUGGACCGUGGAGCCAUGGCCAUAUGGUCCAAGGUUGGUGACCUCCCGUUCGAGCUUAAAACUGAAAAUACGGGCUUGUCUCUAGGGGACCAAAUUGGUGAAGUGAUCGCCGUCCCACACCAAAAUCGCUUGAAGGUAUAGAAGUAUUUGCGUGUGCGCGUGCAAAUCCUGUUGCGUGAGCCAAUCAAGACUAGGGUAGACGUUGGUCCAUGCUGCUUGCCUGAGGUUUGGGGUGGUAUUUGGCUGGUUUGAGGUGGGUGGUCGGUGGUGGUGAUGUUGAAAAUAUGCCCUAGAGGCAAUGAUAAAUAGUUAUUAUUAUAUUUCCAGUUUAAAGAUAA